ACCUCCGCCACAAACUGUCAAGUAGGCUACAAACUUAACGCUUGAAACGCUCACGAGGAUAAUCACCUGAACUUUUCUAACAGAACUAGCAGGUAUUUACCUAUUAUUUGUUGUAUAUUGUAGCAGAAAUAUAUAUACCCUAUAUUUUUGCUUUUCAAGGCGACAAAAUAAGAAAAUGAAAGUUGUCGGAUCUACCUGCGCCCUGAAAAACACCGAGGAUGUGGUCCGUUGUCUCUCGGAGCAGAGUAUGACCAUCUCCAAGUGCAAGAUCCCACUGUUGGACGAGCAGAUGAGUGUAUUUCUGCAGGACAUGAACAGCUGCUACAGCAAACUAAAGGAGCUGGUGCCCACUCUGCCAGCCAACAAGAAAGCCAGUAAGAUGGAGAUUCUGCAGCAUGUCAUCGAUUAUAUCUGGGACCUGCAGGUCGAGCUGGACACACCGGGCAAGCAGCAGAUCUCAGGUGCAACCCGCACUCCUCUGACAACCCUCAAUGCAGAACUCGCCAGCAUCUCUGUGGAGAACGGAUGCGCUGAUGACAGAAUUCUCUGCCGUUGAUCAAUGAAGCAAUAGAACGAAUCAUUAGCAGAAAGAACGAUGUUGCCAGCCAUGCAUGACAUGUCGUCGCAUCUUAUGUCUUACAUCCAGCAGUGGAACGACGUUGAAGUCCAUGAUGUGCAUAGAUAGACAUUCAGGAGUUGAAACUUACGAAGUGUCAGGUCAGCGGCGCUGUCCCCAAGCAGCCACAGGUGUCCUGCUGUCACCAAGAAGAGCGGUGCGCGCCAUGAAGACAAGUGUGCUGGUCGACCUGAGGAUGACAAUCAACAACAAUGCAUCCUAACCCAACGAGCUCUUAGAUGUUGAUACAUGUUGGACUUUAUGUGAAAGAAUCUUUCAUUCCAUGUUCGAUUUCUAUUUUCUGUAUUUUGUUCAAGUCAUACCUAGAAAAUAUGUAUAUGUUUUUUUGCAAAAAAAAAGUAAAUUUCUCAGAUUGAGCUAUAUUUGUAUUGUAUAUUACAAUGAUGCAGAUGUGAUCCCAAUAUUGUUUUUAUAACAAUGUACUUAUGGUGUUUUUAUUAAAACAGAUAUGGUAGA